AUGGCGCACGUUGAAGGACGAACCACCAUGGCUUCGCACCCGAAGCACCUGGUCACGCCCGGCCUCUUCCAUCGCAUGAGGCAUGACAAGUCCAUCCUCGCCCUCGCCGUCUCCUCCGAACUCAUCUUUGCCGGCACCGAAGGCGGUGAGAUCCUGGUCUACGGCCUCGAGACAUACGGACGCAUUGCCGUCAUCGAAGGUCACCGUGGCAGCGUUCUCGGCUUGUGUCUGUCUGCUGACGAGCAAUUGCUCUUUUCGAGUUCCGGCGACCGGAUCGUCAACGUCUGGAAUGCCCGCUCGUUUACCAGGGUCUACUCCAUCUACUCGGCCUACGAUGUGGGCGACAUCUUCUGCGUGUCAUACUCCCCCACCCUCCGAACCGUCUAUCUCGGCGCCCAGAACACCAGCAUACAAUGGUAUGACUUGAAGGAGAAAGAUGAGCGCCCUCAACCCAAACCCACCGCCCACCCUUUGUUGCGCGAGGAUCGCUUCUUCGACUCGCUUGGUCCAGGUGGCAUCCGCACCCCGAGGCCAGAACCGGCUUUGGACAGACCCCGCGACGCCACGGGGGGUCAGGUGCUGGAGCUUGACAAGCAGUAUAUUCGCCAGUUCGCCCACUAUGGCUACGUGUACUGCAUGCUGCUAGCCAGCGGACAGGUGGCGGGCUUUCCCGAUAAGGAGGUUCUAGUCUCGGGCGGUGGAGACGGAAUUAUCAAGCUCUGGAGACUGGACGAAGAGGCCGGCGGUGCCAUCCGCGAGCUUCAUCAGCUGGACGAUGGCAGGGAAGAGGGAAUCCCCGUGCAGUCAAUCGUCUUGGAAGGCACGUUUCUUUAUGCAGGUCGCCCGAACGGCGAGAUCAACGUCUGGGAUCUAGAGACCAAGCAGCUCGUGCGGAGCCUGAAGACUCAGGUUGGCGAUGUCCUUGCUCUGUCCCUAGGCGGCGGAUUUCUGUUCGGCGCCGGCGACAGAGGCACCAUUCAAAAACUCAAUCGCCAGUAUGAGACCGUUGCGAAGUUCACUGCUCACGAAGGACUCGUUCUUGCUUCAACUUUCACUGUCUACAACAACAGGCCCAUCUAUGUCACUGGCGGCAACGAUGCGACCAUUGCUGUCUGGGACGUCCGCGACUGCUCGCUGACAGCCCCGAAGCCAAACGCCACCAGCAACGAACAGCUCAUUGAAUUCCUUUCGCGCUUCGUGUCAUACCGUACAGUGUCCUCGAGCCCACGCUACAAGGCGGACUGCCGGCGCGGCGCGUCGUACUUGCGCUCAGUGUUCAAAGGGUUCGGUGCCACGACCGAAAUGCUCAACACGCAGGAUCCGUUCAACCCCGUGAUCUUUGCGAAGUUCAGAGGUAACCCAGCAACGAGAGAGGAGCGGAAGAAAAUUUUGUUUUACGGCCAUUACGAUGUCAUUGCUGCGGAAAACGAAGACGGAAAAUGGAUAGUUGACCCUUUCACCAUGGAAGGCAUUGACGGCUAUCUGUACGGUCGCGGUACCUCAGACAACAAGGGCCCGAUCAUGGCAGCAAUUUUCGCCGUGGCCGAGCUUCUUGAGCAACAGGCUCUAGACUCAGACGUCAUCUUCUUGAUAGAGGGCGAGGAAGAGUCCGGCUCACGAGGCUUCCCAGAAGCCGUGCGGGAGAAUAAGGAGCUGAUCGGUGAUGUCGACUGGAUCCUGCUCGCCAACAGCUACUGGCUAGACGACCAUGUCCCAUGCCUGACCUACGGGCUCCGUGGUGUCAUCCAUGCCACCGUGCAGAUAGAGAGCCCGCACCCCGACCUCCACAGUGGUGUAGAUGGUAGCUCGCUCCUGGACGAGUCACUGAAGGACCUAGUGAUGCUGCUGGCCAAGCUAACAGGGCCGCAUGGCAGAAUCGAGAUCCCAGGUUUCUACGACCCGAUUCCGCCCCUGAGCGAAGAGGAAAUGCGGCUCUACGCCGAGAUAACGCAGUCCCUAGUCCAACGGAACCCCGAGCUCGGCGACCCCGAAGAGCUUGCCAACUCUCUCAUCCGGCGCUGGCGCGAAGCCUCCCUCACAAUUCACCACUUCCACACUUCGGGUCCCGAAAACUCGACCAUCAUCCCGCGGCUCGCGAAGGCGUCACUCUCGAUCCGUCUUGUGCCAAACCAGGAGGCGUCGAAGGUCGCGGCGGCGAUGACGAGCUUCCUGGCGCAAGAGUUUGCGCACAUCGGCUCGAAGAACAGGCUCACGGUUACGAUUGACCACCAGGCCGAGCCCUGGCUCGGCGACUACAACAACGAGAUGUACCGGACGCUGGAGGCGGCGAUCUUGGAAGCGUGGCGCCCCGUCGCGGAGGAGAAGCACCACCGCCGACGCAGUUCGCUGGGCGCGCCGAAGCUGCUGCUCAACAACGGGACUAGCACCCCUACCACCGCAGGCACCGCCGCAAACAACAACAGCAGCAGCAGCAGCGUCAACGGCACCGGCAACAGCAGCGCUACGGUCUUCGACGCCGCCUCCCCGACCACGUCGUCAACGCUCGCCAUGGGCAGCGCGACGCCCCCCUCCGAACAAGCCGACACCGCUGACGCCACCGCCUCGGACGAUGCCACUACCGCGAGCAAGUCGUCGCCGCUGCGCAAGCCGCUGUACAUCCGCGAGGGCGGCAGCAUCCCCAGCAUCAGGUUCCUGGAGAAGGAGUUUGGCGCGCCGGCUGCGCACCUGCCGUGCGGACAGGCGAGCGACAGCGCGCAUUUGGACAACGAGCGCCUGCGGCUGUUGAACCUGUAUAAGAGCAAGGAGAUCUUUAAGAUGGUGUUUCGGGAUUUGCCGCGGAAGUGA